AUGAGAGGGGCUCUGCUGAGAAGUGUCUCUCUCUAUGCUCGAAAUCUUCAUUUCUCGCACAAUCUCAAACCUAAUACAGUAAUCUUUAACAAUGAUUGUACCAAUUUCAGUAACAAUAAUGCACCGGUAGUCAAUUGCUUCUCUUUGAGAUUCCGUUCUUUUUCAUCUGAAAAUGACUCCCCGAAAGAAAUAGCAGAAUCGAACCAAGACUCAAAGCCUGAAUCCAAAUCUAGCGUCACCGAGCCUGAAAAGAAGAAACAAGUUGCCGCCGAGGUCCAAGAUGUAACCAAUAAAGAUUUCAAAGUGCAGAUAGAGGACUACUUCAAGAAUGCCAAUGAGGAUGCACUCCCAUUAAUCCUUGAGAGUAUUCUAAAGAGGAGGAUUUCUGGUAAGCAUGAUGACACAGAUGAUGAGUUGAUGGAAGAGCUUCGAAUGCAGCCGAUAGAUGAUGUUAAAGACCAAGAUUUUGAUUCAGAUUUUGAGGAGGGCCAUGAAACGGAUGAAGAGAUUGAUGAUUUGUACAAUGCAAGGGAUAUUGUGGUGAAGAAAAAGGCAAGUGAUCCGAACUUAAACAUGGAUGACAAGAAGUGGGAUGACAUGAUUGCAGAGGCAGUUGAACAUGGGCAUCUGAAGGAUACUAGGGAGUGUGAGGCAAUACUAGAGGACAUGCUUAACUGGGAUAAACUUCUACCAGACAAGAUCAAAAAGAAAGUGGAAAAGAAGUUUGACGAUAUAGCAAAUAAGAUUGAAAAAGGUGAACUUGAAGUUGAAGAAGGCUAUGCAUUGUUUAAAGUGUUUGAAGACCAAAUGGUAUUGCAUUGUGCUAAGCUGAUGGAGGCAGAGGCUCCUAAACAGUUUAAAGAGACCGAUGUGCCCUUUAAGAAAAACAACCUUGAUGACCCACCAGGUGAGGGCCCAAUUCUUAGGUGGCAAACACGUGUGGUCUUUGCUCCUGGUGGUGAUGCGUGGCACCCGAAAAAUAGAAAAGUAAAAUUGGCUGUUACUGUUAAAGAGCUUGGUUUAUCAAAGCAUCAAUUCUGCAGGCUAAAAGAAUUAGCAGGAAGGCAAUACAAUCCAGGAAAAGAUGAACUUACCAUAACUAGUGAGAGGUUUGAACAUCGGGAGGAGAACAGAAAGGACUGCCUCCGGACUCUAUUUGCUUUGAUUGAGGAGGCAGGUAAAGCUAGGAAACUGGUGGAAGAAGCUGGAACUUCAAAAAUCAAAGAGAGACUUAAAGCUAAUCCAAAGUUCAUGCAGAGGUUGCAAGCCAAGAUGGCGAAAACGAGAGAAUCUACUUCAUUACCUGCAUGA